CCACCUAAAUUACAUGCAUAUGGAACCUCUAGAAAAUAGCAGUUCUAGUAAUAGUAAAAACUUAUCUGAUAAUAUAAGCAGAAUCAGUCACCUAUCAGAUCCGACCCAACAUUCAGACACGGAUAACACGAUAAGUACGAGACGUUCCAGUUCUGCAGACUUCACCAAGAGACACGAAGAUGACAUCAGUAUAAAUGCUCGGUUGUGUUUCACUCCAACCGUUAUUCGAAGAACUUGUAAAACUGAUUGCAUAAAUGAGGGCGUACCAGUGAUAAGCGACCGUAGCAACCAAAAGGACAAAGUUUUCAAAUCGCCAGAACCAAAGACAGAGAAUAUUCUAGUCGCGAGAUUUCGGGACGCCGUCAAAAUUAGAAGAUCAUCAAGCGUUCCGAGUAAAUCGGACAAGAAUCGUGAUUCUUCAAGUUCAAACGAUUCGGGUGUUUCGACGGGAUCUUUAAAACAUCACAAGGGUGAUUUCAAUGAAUUCGAAUUGCCGAUCACAAAUUCCAAGUCUUGUAAGAAGCAUAAGAACAAAUCCUUCAGAAAUACGUUGACACCAGUCCACGCGUCCUUUUUGAAGUCAAACUCUUCGGAUCCUCUCAAAAACUUAACAUUCCAAUUCGAAGAAGUCGCGACAUUGACAAAGUCCAAUUCAUGCGAAGUGGACACUCUGACAAGAAGAAAGAAAAGAAUCGGUGACACAGACUCUACAGCCCGUCACAGCCAACUAACCAACAAGAGCACGUCGUCGGGAGCCUCGGACACAUCGGACUACAUGGAGUCUCUCUCUGUCUCAUCCUUCAGUUCAUACGACGUCUCUGAUCGUCACAUUACCCGUCCUCGCUCUGGAAAAGAAUAUGCUAGUAUUGAUCGUACGGCACUGGUCUGUGAUGUUGGACCCAAUGCAUAAAAUAUCUAAUUUGGUCAAAUCAAGGCAUUUAAUGUUAAUGUUGAUUGUACUGCCUAACUUUGCUUUUAUGGUCACAUCGGUUACCAAAACCAAACCAAUAUUGGUCUUCGAUGUUGGACAAAAUGCUUAAAAGACCUAACUUGGUCACAUCGAGAAAUAAUUUUUAAGGCUCUCAGAUUAAAUUAUUUGGUUAAAGGAAUAUGACAUUUGCAUGCUUUGAAUCGUUGUUGGUCGAUUCAUUUAAGUUUUGUGGUGUACGUAUAGAAGAUCCCUAGACUGGUAUACAAAGAGGAAUGUUUAACGUUGUCUGAUAACAUAGAAUCAUUGUCAAUAUUCAAUGUUUGUGGUUUAUAGGUGAGGAAAUCCCCAGCUAGGUGAUUAUCCAUAGACGAAUCUGGAAAUUCCAGAACAAACCAAAAAUGGUUGGUUUGUAAUGUUAUAUUUCCUUUAAUUUGACAAAAGAUUUCUUAUCUAUCACCAAAACAUUAAGUUUUUGUUCUAUUACACCACUAGAAGGAAGUUUCAAUAGGGCUAACAUUAAGUCGAUUUUCAGUUGGCCACAGUUUUAAUCUCGUCAGCAUCACGACAGUCUGUGAAUUUUUUUUUUAUCUUUUAAGGUCAUAUCUGUAAUAAGGUAUAUCUGUUAUCAUUACAGAGUGUACUAAAAUUAUGUUAUAAAUCGAAACCUAAUAAAAUAUUAGUAGUA